UACCUGGCACUGUUAAUGUUUAAUGCCCCCACCUUGUCCCUGGCCACCCCACGGCUAGAUAGUCUCCCCGAAGCAGAGGCAGCAGGACGAGGGCAGCUGGCGGAGGAAAUGGCAGAGCUGUCCACAGACGACGGUGGCAGCCCCAAGGGGGACGUGGACCCCUUCUACUAUGACUAUGAGACUGUCCGCAAUGGGGGCCUGAUCUUCGCCGGCCUGGCCUUCAUCGUGGGGCUCCUCAUCAUCCUCAGCAGAAGAUUCCGCUGUGGGCGCAAUAAGCAGCGCAGGCAAGUCAGUGAGGACGACCUGUAACAGCAGAGUGAGCUGUGCCCACCCGGCGCUGGGGCUGGCUGGGAAGCCAAGGAGGCCCGUCUUUGGUGUCUUCCUGUCUUCCCUGGGCUCUGGACCUUUGUCCCCGUCACUGCCAGCGCUCAGGCUGAAGGAAGUGCCAGGCUCAAUGUGACCCCGGGUGGGCCUCGCCCCCUCCUGCCCUGUGCCACCUCGUGCUCAUAAUAAAACCGGUUUCAGUGA